AUGAGAAAGUUAGUGAAUGAGUGCAAGGAGAGAGUGAAAAGUAUUGUCCCUAGAUCAGUUCUUUUGCCUUCUUCAUCAAGGAAAGCUUCUAGUUCUUCACUUGACUAUGAUAUGAGUUAUAGUGUUCCAACAUCAAGUGAAGUUGAGUCAAAGAAGAGAAAGGGAAUGGGUUCAGCUUUGGAAAGAGCAUUUCAUAAUAAUGCUAGGGAGCAAUGUGAUGGUGAGAUAGCAAGAAUGUUCUACACUGGAGGUUUGGCUUUUAACCUUGCAAGAAACCCUCAUUACCGCAAUUCAUAUGUGCAUGCUUCUACCAUUUCAGGAUAUAUUCCACCCGGUUAUAAUGCAUUAAGGACUACACUUCUUCAAAAGGAAAGAAAGAACAUUGAAUUGCAUAUGCAGCCACUCAAGGAUACAUGGAAAACUAAGGGGGUGAGUAUAUGUAGUGACGGCUGGUCGGAUCCACAAAGAAGACCUAUCUUUAACAUGAUUGCUGCAAAUGAGAGUGGUCCAAUGAUGUUGAGAGCAAUAAAUAGCCAGGGGGAAGUGAAAACGGGUGAGAAGGUUGCCGAAUUGAUUAUAGAAAGCAUAAAGGCAGUUGGUCAUGAAAAUGUGAUUCAAAUAGUCACCGACAAUGCUUCUAAUUGUGUAAGAGCCGGUGCACUUAUAUCAGAAAAGUAUCCUUCCAUCUUUUGGACAACAUGUGUAGUCCAUACCUUGAACCUUGCCGUGAAAAAUAUAUGUGCACCUUCGCUGCAAACAAGAAAUAAUGAUGAUGUAUAUGCUGCUUGUAGUUGGAUAGGGCCUCUUUCUAAUGAUGUUUCAUAUGUUAGAAAUUUCAUAAUGAAUCAUUCAAUGAGGUUGGUGAUGUUUACAGAGCAUUGUGGUCUUAAGCUCUUGACAAUUGCUUCAACUAGGUUUGCCUCUACACUUGUGAUGUUCAGGAGAUUUAGGAAGAUAAAAUCUGGUUUGCAACAAAUGGUAAUCAAUCAUAAAUGAGAUAGUUACAGAGAUGAUGAUGUAAACAAGGCUAGUGGUGUGAAAAAGAUACCAUUAGAUGAGAAGUUUUGGGAUGAUUUUGACUAUGUUUUGUCAUUUACUGAGCCCAUCUAUAGUAUGAUUAGACAUGCAGACACUGAUAGGCCGUCUCUCCAUUUAGCUUAUGAGUGGUGGAAAGAUAUGAUUAAGAACGUGAAAAAAACGAUAUUUAAGAAAGAGAGGAAUGAACUAGACGAGGAAUCAAGCUUUUGGAAUGCCGUGCAUAAGGUGUUGACAUCUCGUUGGAGCAAGAGUAGCACCCCCCCCCCCAUUGUAUGGCACAUUCUUUAAACCCCAAGUAAGUAUUGCACUCUAAUUUUGUAUUGUAACUGUUUUGUGUAUGAAUAUAAAUAUGUUAAGAUGUGUAAUAUCUUUAUGAUUACAUAUAUUGAUUAAUUUGAUAUGUAUAUGUUAAGAUAUGUAAUGUUACUGCUUUGUGUAGGAAUAUAAAUAUGUUAAGAUAUAUAUCAUUAAGUUUGAGUCCAAGUUCUUUGUCAUGUUCGUUAUUGAUGAUUAUGUAAUGUUCUUUACUUAGGUAUUAUAGUCCAGAAUGACUUAAUGAAGAUAACAAUCAAAAAGCUCCUCACCAAGAUAUUGAGAUUACUAGAGAAAGAAAAAAUUGCAUCCUAAAGUAUUUUGGUGAUGCAGAUCAGCGCAGAGAAGUUAAUGUGGAAUACUCUAAUUUUUCCUUAUGCAUGGAAGAUUUUUGUAGUGUUGAUGCUAUGCAUGAUAGGUUCAUCUUACCACCUUUGACAUGGUGGGCAGUUCAUGGAGCUUCAGCACCGAGGCUUCAAACCUUAGCAUUCAAGUUGCUUGGCCAACCUUCUUCAUCCUCAUGUUGUGAGAGGAAUUGGAGUACUUAAAAGUUCAUACAUUCUGCAACAAGAAACAAGAUUGCUCCUCAAAGAGCAGAAUAUUUGGUAUUUGUUCAUAGCAAUCUUCGCCUUUUAUCUAAAAGGAGUCAAUCUUACAAGGAAGGCCCAACUCAAAUGUGGGAUGUUUGAGGUGAUUAAUUUGAUUCAUUGGAUGAAACUAAUCUUGGGAGGCUUGAGUUUGAAGAUCUUUCACUUUAUGAACCAUCAUUAGAGGCCGUUUUAUUUGAUAAUAUUGAAGACAAUGAGAAUGAAGGUGAUGUUUAAAUAAUGUUUUCUUUAUAAUAUUUGUGUUAUUUCAAAUGUAGAACACUAAACUAUUUUUAUUUGAACUAAA